UGAAAAAAUUGAAGUGUUUGAAGUGCAGUGGAUUUUUUUCUACUAAAUACAACCUUGAAGUACAUUUUGCGGGCAAACAUCCCAACAUUUCCAUUGAAAAAAGGAAAGAAUUGUGUCGUGCAGCUGAGUGGUUUGAGGUACCGAAAAAAAAGGGCAAAUUUAUUUGUGAAAUAUGUGAUAAAACUUUACAGCGGAAAGAAAAUCUAAUUAACCAUAUGAAAAUCCACUCGACCUCGCGAAAACGGCUCAAAUGUGAUUUUUGUUCGCUGACUUUUACAUAUCGGACAAAUUUAAGACGCCAUCUAAACAAAAAACAUUCCAACGAAAUGAUCAGCAAUUCUAUCAGUUCAAAUUCCUUCCCCACUAAAAGAAGUGAUGAUGAAACCAGUAAAGACGAUGAUGUACCACUGGCCCGAAUGCAUAUAAAAUUACGCACUGAUCCAGACAUGAGCAAAGCUGCUGAUUCAGACACUGAUCCAGACAUGGAAGUUUGUUCAACUGAUCGCGGAAGUGAAGAGAAAGACUUAAAUUGUUUUCAUGACAACUGUGAACAAAACAUCGAGGAAAUGAUUGUGGAUCAUAUCGACGAAAUAUUCGAGCCGGUUCAAGCAGAUGAAGCUGUGGAAUUGGCACCUAUGAGAAGCUUACAAGAUGAAGAAGAUGACAAAUUCAUGUCGGGCGAGUAUGACCAUUUGUUCCUUAGUGAAUUACAAUUAUUUGUUCGUGUUCGUUUCUGAUCAGAAAGAUACGUACGUCGUACGUACGAACAAAACAAAGCACGAACGAACACGAACGAACGCGAACUGUUGUAGUACAAUGUGUAGUACGAGAAAUCCGAAUCUGGCGUUAGUUUUGCGAUACGAAUAAUCUUUAACACACUUUUCGUACAAAAAUUCCUAAAGACGCCUGUAAUCGUAAUGACGUGAAACUUCUUACAGGUCAUUUUUUUUAUCAAAAAAUAACAUUCUGAAAGUUUGAAAAAAUGUCGACAAAAAUUAAAUACAAAAUUUGGUUGUUGGACAAAAAAUCGAAAAUUAUGAAUGGGAGGUUUCUUUAUUACUUUUCCCACCCUUGGAUUUUAUUACUUUUCCGCACCCCUAGGCCGGAAAGGUAGGGGAGUGUGAAGAAUUGUAAACACUUUUUUCGAGCUUUCCAUAGAAUUCAAAAAAUUAAUAAAAUAAUAAAAUGAAGUAGAAGAGUUUUUUUAAAUUUUUCGAAUUCCUACUGGAUUACGGUUUAUUUUGAUUUUGAUAAACAUGGUGUUGUUCAUUCACGGUGGUGGUGACGGAAUCGAUGCCGGAUGAUUACAUACGGAGGGUUCAAGGCAAUUCUGAACACGACCCGCAUUCGAUUGACAAAUGAACCGCUUAGAAUAAAAGUAGAUAAUGGUAGAAAGUUAAAAAAAAUCUCAAUCAUAA